CCCCCCAAUGAGAUAGACACAUGGUUAAAUGAGCAUGUGAAACAUUAGUGAGAUGCCACUUCAACACACUAUAAUCAAACGGCUAUGAGAAGAUAGUAACAUGUAUUGAUUGGCCAGGAAGUGGAGAAACAGGAACUUUCAUUUGUUACUUGUGUGAAUGUAAAAUGAUACAGCCAGUUUGGCAGUUUCUUAAAAAGUUAAACAAAAACUUAUCUGAUUCAGCAAUUCCACUUCUAGGUAUUUACCCAAGAGAAAUGAAGCCAUUUGUCUUCACAAAGACUUGCAUGUUUAUUUUCUCAGAAGCAGUGUUCAUAGGAGUAAAAAACUGGAAACCAAGUAUCUGUCAGCUGACUGCCAAGGUCUCCACGUAAGGCAGAGGGAAUUUUCUCUGUGAAACACUGGGCAGGAGGAUGCCGAAUGUCUGCAUUAUACUAUGGAGUUCGAACUUCAGAAGUCUUGGGGUUAAGCAGUAACAUUUACUCUGUAAAUGAUUAUGUCUUCGCUUGUCCUCUAUGACUAUCACAAACUGAUGAAACACCUUUUUAGGUCUUAUAAGUUUGGGUCACACCAUUUUCCGGAUGCUUUGGCAACUGAAACAGGGGCCUAUGAAAAAUGGAACCAAACUCUCUGAGGACUAAAGUCCCAGCUUUCUUAUCUGAUUUGGGGAAGGCCACAUUGAGGGGAAUAAGAAAGUGUCCCCGAUGCGGCACAUACAAUGGAACCCGGGGACUGAGCUGUAAAAACAAGACGUGUGGAACUAUAUUCCGCUAUGGUGCACGGAAGCAGCCUAGUGUGGAAGCUGUCAAAAUCAUAACAGGCUCUGAUCUGCAGGUCUACUCAGUGCGGCAAAGAGACCGGGGCCCUGACUACAGAUGCUUUGUAGAGCUAGGUGUUUCAGAGACGACAAUCCAAACAGUGGAUGGGACGAUCAUCACUCAGCUGAGCUCCGGACGAUGUUAUGUACCCUCCUGCCUGAAAGCUGCCACCCAGGGUGUUGUGGAAAACCAGUGCCAGCACAUCAAGUUGGCAAUAAACUGUCAGGCAGAGGCCACCCCUCUGACUCUGAAGAGCUCUGUCCUGAAUGCAAUACAGGCCUCCUCAGAAACCAAGCAAACCAUCUGGCAGUUGGCCACAGAACCCACAGGUCCGCUCGUCCAGAGAAUUACUAAAAACAUUUUGGUGGUGAAAUGCAAGGCGAGCCAGAAGCACAGUUUGGGGUACUUGCAUACAUCCUUUGUGCAGAAAAUCAAUGCCAAAAGCUUGCCUGAACGCCGUUUCUUCUGUUCCUGCCAGACUCUGAAGUCGCACAAGUCGAAUGCCUCCAAGGAUGAGGCAGCACAGAGAUGCAUUCAUUUCUUUGCUUGCAUCUGUGCCUUUGCCAGUGAUGAGACAUUGGCUCAGGAAUUCUCAGACUUCCUAAAUUUUGAUUCCAGCGGUCUUAAAGAGAUUAUUGUGCCCCAGUUGGAUUGCCAUUCAGAAUCAACAGUAUCAGCUUGUGAGUCUACUCCAUCUAAGGUGAAGAAGAGGAAAAAGGAUGAAGUAUCUGGUGCACAGACGAACAGUUCACUGUUGCCUCAGGAUGCACUGAGCAGUAAUCUAAGGAAAAGUGGCCUGAAAAAGCCUGUGGUUGCUUCUUCAUUAAAAAGGCAGGCCUGCAGUCAGCUGUUAGAUGAGGCACAGGUGACCUUAUCCUUCCAAGACUGGCUGGCCAGUGUCACAGAACGCAUCCAUCAAACCAUGCACUAUCAAUUUGAUGGCAAACCAGAGCCACUAGUGUUCCACAUUCCUCAGUCUUUUUUUGAUGCCCUACAACAGAGAAUAUCUAUUGGAAGUACAAAAAAACGGCUUCCCAACUCCACUACAGCUUUUGUUCGAAAAGAUGCCCUGCCAUUGGGAACCUUUUCCAAGUAUACCUGGCAUAUCACUAAUAUCCUGCAAGUUAAACAAAUCUUAGAUACCCCUGAGAUGCCCUUGGAAAUUACCCGAAGUUUUAUCCAGAACCGGGAUGGGACGUAUGAGCUGUUUAAAUGCCCUAAAGUGGAAGUAGAGAGCAUAGCAGAAACCUAUGGUCGUAUAGAAAAACAACCAGUGCUGCGACCCUUGGAACUAAAAACUUUUCUCAAAGUUGGCAACACUUCCCCAGAUCAAAAGGAGCCAACCCCUUUCAUCAUUGAAUGGAUUCCAGAUAUCCUUCCUCAGUCCAAGAUUGGAGAGCUGCGGAUCAAGUUUGAGUAUGGUCACCACCGGAAUGGGCAUGUGGCGGAGUACCAAGACCAGCGUCCCCCUCUGGACCAGCCCUUGGAACUGGCCCCUCUGACCACCAUCACUUUCCCUUGAGGCAAAACAGUGGAGUGUUUUGCUGCUAAAUUUGCACAUCCCUAUCCCUUGACAAGUUUAAAUACCAGUUAGGUUCUUUGUGAACUGCUUUUAGCUAAGAUGCAAUUUCUUACCACAUCCAACUGGAUUCUGUUGAAGAAAAACUCUGUAAAUGGCCUUUUUGGUGCUGCUCUGUAUAGUCCUCAUUAUAGAUGGGGUGAUAUUUCUGUUUAGAAUGUUUAAAGGAACAAAAAGAAAACUAGCGCAUUUUCUUUCUUAAAAGAUUCACCUUUAUAGUUUGUCUCAACCUUUGAAAUAGUUAACACCCCACCGUACACUAACAAUGUGGAAACGUUAAUAACAUCCUGGUUAGGAAGAACGUUAAGGACCAUUCUGGCAGAGCUCCAGUCAUGCCCUUUUAUUCUGUUAUCAAAUAAAGCACAGUGUCUUAGUUUUUCUAAAUUA